AAUGCUACCAUAUUGUUUUGGAUGUAAGAAAAAGAUUAAUAAGCUGAAGCAAGGUGUUUGUUCACUUUGUCAUCAUAAAGUCCAUUGGGCUUGUUUAUCAGAUGGAUUAUGUUCUAUAUGUUCAAGUGUUGAUAAAAAAAGAAUCAGAAUUAUUCUGAGCAAAUGUGAUGAAAUUUUACAAGAUAAAUCUACCAAUAAAGUCUCAAAUGCUGAAAAUAUAGAUCUAAAUCAUUCAAGAGAAGAGAUAGAUGUGCAAAAUAUAAUAAUGGAUGUUGAUCAUGAAGAAGUGGUUACCCUUAUUGAAACACUGAAUUGUGAUGCAGAGUACAGGCUUGUUGAUAAUCUUAGUGAAAGCAGCCCUCUGCAUGGAAAUAUAUUACAUUUGAAUGAGAAUGAUAUCAAUAUGGAGGAGUCCUUUGAAAGUAUACCAGAGGAGCUUGGUUAUUCAUCAGACUUCAACAAAAAAAAUGGACAAUGGUUUGAAAUGAGACAGCUAAUGGCUUUGCCAUUCCUUCCAUCUCACAUUAUUCCAAUAGAGUUUAUUAAAAAUAAGGAUUACCUUAAAUCAAUUGAUAAACUUGCUGAUUUUAUUGAUUAUUUUGAAAGAACUUGGAUUUUGAAUGAUGUUUGGUCACCAAAAUGUUGGUCUAUCUAUCAAUGUGCAAUCAGAACAAAUAAUGAUGUUGAGGGAUUUCACAAUAGGUUGAAUGGAAAUGUUGGAGUGAAUGUUUCAUUUUAUUCUGUGAUAGAUGAAUUGAAAAGGGAAGCAGACCUUAUAGCAGCAUAUCAAAGAAUGUUAUCAGAAAAGAGAUAUUAA